AAUGACACCCUGUGUUAUGGCCUGAGCACUGAGCUCAUUAUGAAGCAUUUGAGUGAACAGUUUGUGGUGUAAAAUUAGCUCUUGGCAGUUCACUGCUUCAGGCCUUCCCCUCGCAAAACAUGGAGGUGUCCAACCAGUGUCAUAUUACACACCACAACACUCUUAUAGUUUAUCAUCUAAACACCGCUGGUCAUCAUUUAUCUUCUUUUGCUGUAUAAAAAAAGAGACGGAACAAACAGCCUAGUACAGGCUGAAACCUCGUGUGAAGAGGAAAAGACCCGCUUUUCUGUUUUUCACACCGCGCGCGCCGAGCUCUCGAGAAUAAUUUGCAUUCUAUUUCGAGCGCGCGCUGAGUAAGGCGAACCACACUCCACUUGCGAUGGUCCCAACACGAAGCGGCACUCCUUUAAAUAAAAAAAUAAAAUAACUUCCACGGUUCUAGACGGACAAAAUGGAGUCUCAAAGGCAGGAAGAAAGUGACAGGAUUGAGCCGGAGAUUCAGGACGACGGGACAGAGACUACCAACAUUGACGAAGAAGAGGUUGAGGAACUACACAACAGUUUAAAGGAAGUAGUCCAAGAUCCAGCUGUAAAGCCCAAAUUCCAGUGCCUGAUGGUGGACCCGUCGUUCUCCAUGGUGACAGUACAGAGCGAGGACAGUGGGAUUGUGUGGGAGACUGCAUCAAGCAGGUGCUCAACACCAUGGGCCUCAGAGGCCAGCUCCCCAUCAGAUUCAUACAGCCUGGAGGGUUCGGGAACACAGGGUAAUAUAGUUAUCAUUAUGGAUGAAGACAAAGUGAGGAGAAAGAAAAAAACAAGCAGCAGAGGGAAGUUGGGUGACAGGUUUCGCAGACCAGGCUCCAGAUUGUCAGGUCCUGCAAUAGGAGAGGAGAGACCUGCAAUGAUUGAAGUAUCUGUGCCAAAUAUAAAAUGUGAAGAUUCAGAGGAUGGUCAGACAGCAGAGGGAAAACCAGACAAGGAUCAAGAGCUAUUUAACCUGAUUUCUGAGGGUUUUGAAAUCCUCAAUAUUGUAGUACCAUCUAAACUUCCUACAGUGGAUGAGGAAUGCAGUACAGUAUUGGCAGACAAUUUGUCCUACUUGGAGGACACUCCAAAGAUCAAAACAAAAUCCAAACAUGAAAGCGCAGCUCCCACCACCAUUCCUAAUGUCAUAGACAUAGACAUAGACAUUCAAGAAAUAAAAGAUGAUAGUCAAAAAGGCUUAUCUCAGACCCCUGUUAAUGAGCAGCUCAAGAAAGAUGAAACUGAUAUGGACUACUUAGAGAAAUUCACGCUGCUAGAUCAACAUGCCCCAGAUGAUGAGUCUGAGAAGUCUGAGACUACACAAGAUAUCCAACAAGAGGAACCUCAGGUGCCUGGAGAAGAACAAAAGGUGGAGCACACAGUUGUUGAGAGUUCCUUUGUCAUUGUCAAUGAGGUUGAAAUUGAAGGUGAUCAUCUAGAUGAAGUGUUUUAUGGAGCAAGUUGCAAUGCAGAACCUCAACUUCCAUCACACCAUAAAGAAGACAAAGAACAUGCAAGUGGGAGCUUUAAAAUGCUCAAAGAGUGUGGUUCAACUCUAUUUGGCAGCCAGGAGUCUAUCCUUACUCCGAUUUUCCUUCCCCCUGGCCCACCCAAGAUCAUAGAUCAAGAUCUCCUUGAUGAGCCAAGAGCAAUGUCGUUCCAUUACUUAGACCUUUAUGAAGAUGCAACUGGAGAUAGAAAAAAGGAUGAAGACGCCUCAGAUAUUGAAAGUGUUGUUUCAGAAAAGUCAUUUAAAAGACGUUAUUCUGAUUCAGAUGAUGGAGAUGGCUACCUGGAGAAAUUCAUAUUGAAAGAUGACACUCCAGUGGUUGAAGAUGUACACAAAGUUGAUACGCCAGGGAGUGACAGAGUGAUAUGGCCUCAAAGUAAAUUUGAAAUGACUGGAUGUUUAAUUCGUGUUAAGGAAGAUGAUGCUCCCCAAGAAGAGGAUGUUGGUGUCAAUCAAGCGGAGUUAGAGAGCAAACAGGUUAUAAAAGAUGAAUAUCAGCCUUCAUAUUCAUCAAAGGACUAUGAAGAUUGUGAUGGAGUGAAAACUGGAUGUAUGACAGUUAAAAGUGUUUCAGAGACUUUAGAGGGAUGUGAAGAUUGUGAUUUGAAAACUGGCUGUGCAAUCCAAAAGAUGGUCUCAUCUGAUAAACUUCCUUUUAAAAUAAAUGAGGUACUUAAAACAGCAAAUCAGGAAUCAGAUAAAUCUAUAUUGAUAGAAGAUGAAAAACGAAAUGAAGUUCAGGAAUUAAAACACAUGGACGAAUGGGUUUCUGGAGGUUUAGUGGAAGAAAAAUUGGCUGAAUUGAAUGACAAACUUGAGAUUCUGCCACAAGAACCAACAAAAUACGAUGACAAAAAGGUGACUGAUAGGGCAGCUGAACUUCAACAAACCAUUGUUAUUACCAAGGAAGAAGCAUUGGACAAGGGGCAGCAAGUUACACAUACAGCACAAGAAAUAAGUAAACCUAAUUUAGUGAAGGAUAUACAUGUAAAAGAUACAUCAGCAACAACUACAGCUGAAGAGACAGGAAUUGUACAAGAAAUCAGUCAAAAUACAGUCUGUGAACCAGAGAAAUGUGAAGAUGUGACCAAGCACGCUGGUGAAAAACUAACAGUUCCUGACCAUGAAUACCAAGUGAAAGUUAGUAAAGCAGUACUGGAAAGCAAAUCUGAAGUUCUCAAGCAUAGGGAGAUACCUGCUGUAGAGGAAGACCUGAGAGAUACUGCAGUCCAGUCCAUUUUACCUGAAAGUGGGAAGCAGGAGCAAGUCACUGAAAAAACUAUGCUACCCGAGGUGGAAGGCCACAUUAUAAGUGAAUCUGUAGACAGUGAAGUCAAAACUGAUCUUAAAACUAUAAGUGAACAGAAAGUUUUGGAGGAAUUACUGGUAAGUGAACUAGACACGACUGAAGAGAAAGUUGAAGAAAUCAAGGUCGAGGCCACCGAACAGCUAAAAGAACAGACUGAGACAGACACAGUGCCAGUGUUUGAUAAAAAGACUUCAGCUACAGACAGUGUAACACUAGAGAAGACAGAAACAGUAGAUUCAGCCUCAGCUGUGGAAAGUCCAAAUAAUUUAGCUAAGUGUGUCUUUACACCUGAGAAGAAAGAGGGUGAGUUGGGGGAAAUGGAGAAAUACUCAGAGAUACCAACAGGUUAUGAUAAAAUCCUGGGGAUCUCAGGCGAAACCAAAGAGGCUGAAAGUGAUGUUGUAACACUAACACAAGAAAUUCCUGUAGCAUGUCCUUCUGCUCCAGAAAUCACAGAAAGAUAUCUGGCAGCAGCAGUGGUUGAUGAGGAAGUAGGCAGGGAAGAGAACCUAGAGCUGGCAGAUGCUCCUGUUUUAUAUGACUCACAUGCUGAGAUUAAGAUGAUUUCACUGAUUCCUGCUUCACAAACAGAUGACUCAUCCAAAGUUACUGUGCCACCACCUGUAACAAAAGAAGAGGACAGUGAGAUAAGGGAUGUAGACAGAAGUAACUUAGAGACCACUGGUGAGGCCCUUAGGCCUGUAUACCCAGUAGCUGUAGACGAAAUAGAUGGUGUCUCUAAAGUGUCGGUGCAAGAGGUGGAGGGAAAAAAUGAAGGAAAAUCGAAAAAAAUACUUCUAAAGGAUACACACAAAGAAGAGUUAUGGAGAACUCUGGUGCCUGCAAGUCCUUCCCCUCCAGUGGAGAUACAGGACUCAACAAUGAGGGUUUCACCUUUAGAAGAAGUAGAAUACAUUAAAGAAAAUAAUAACUUUGCCGUGGAUCGAAACAUAAAAAGGGACACGGGCCCCUUUUCAACUUUACGGAGUUUUAGCCCACUGGAAGACCUCUCUGGGUUCGGCCGUGAUUUGGCAGAGUUUGAUUUGCAAAAGGAAAUAUAUGAGGAGCUAGAUUACGAGAUGGUCACUGAGCAAGAUGCAAGACAGUCAGAGACUGAAGUAACUGUAGGUAAAGAAGAUCGUGGCCAGGAUCAAGAGCGUGGCCAGGAUCAAUCUCCAGAGCCAACAAUUGAGGCAGACUAUGAGUUUAUUGAGGAUUUGGAUGACACCCAAAUAUCAGAGCUUAGGCAACUGAAGGAAAAAGGAGAAAUUAAGCCAAUGGAUGCAUUCUGCCUUGUCUGUCAUUGCCCAGUAUUAAUGAGUGAAGGCGGCCAUGAAAAUCAUGAGGCGUCAACGUUGGAAAAAGCAUUUGAAGACAUUAAGAAUCAGUUGAGUAACUGGAUAUCAAUUUUACAAGAAAGAUCAGAAAAUAUUGAAGAUAUGGUAUCUGAACUUGAGCUGGCGUAUAACUCUGUGGAGGAGCAAUGCAAGGAUGGCGAGAAAGCCCUGGACGAGCAGAAUGAAGAGAUGAUGAAGCUGGUGAUGGAGCGGUAUAAUGAAAUGUCUCAGACUAUGGAGGAGGAGAAAAAGGCCAAACUUGAGCAGCUUUACGAUCAAAUUGUGUCUUUCCAAGAAAACACUGAUGCAGCCAAAGAAACAAUGGAGACAACAACAAAAGAGAUGGAAGAGACAGAUGAGUUAGCAUUUUUGUCGUCAUACAAAGACAUUGAUAUGAGGUUAAAAACAGCUUUAGACUCAGCCAUGUCUCUAGAGCUUGGCCCACGAGGUUUGCUUGUAUUUGAAGAUUAUGCCAAAGGCACCACAGGAAAUGAGAAGAAAAACCGUCAAGUCAUUCCAGUGCCCCAGCAACCCCAUCUUCAGCCGCAGGAGGCUAAUUCUGCCACAAGCACCUCCGUCACCGUGUACUGGACAGUGAAUGAAGGAGACAUCAUCGACUGUUUCCAGGUCUACUGCAUGGAAGAACCUCAAGGAGCCAUCUCAGAGGAGUACAGAGUGACAGUGAAGGAGAGUCACUGUAAUCUAGAAGAGCUGGAGCCAGAUAAGUGCUAUAAGGUGUGGGUGAUGGCAGUGAACUACACUGGAUGCAGCCUGCCCAGCGAGAGACUUCCUUUCAGAACAGCCCCGUCUGUUCCUGUGAUUAACCCAGAAGCCUGCACAGUGUUGUGGGACUCUGCUACAAUCCGCUGGAGCUCAUCUCUGCACAGUGCUGCGGAGAGCUUCACUCUAGAGUACUGCCGCCAAUACGCCCUGGAGGGAGAGGGCCUCAGGUCUGUGUCCGGAAUAAAAGGCUGUGAGCACAAGGUCCUCCUGCAGCCCAAUGAGAACUUCCUCUUUUACAUCAAAUCAGUGAACAGUGCAGGAGCCAGUGACCAGAGCGAGGCAGCUCUCAUCUCCACACGAGGUACCAGGUUCCACUUACUGAGUGAAACAGCUAAUAUGGUGCUCAAGAUUUCUGAGGACAAGAACUCUGUGCAGUAUCCUGUGGAAACCUACAAUAAGAUGUCUGCAUUUAUCGAAUGUCCAGGAGUGAGGGGCGAGCUUCUGCCGUCUGUUGGAUGUCACUACUGGGAAACAGUGGUGGCUGGCUGUAAAGCCUACCGCAUUGGUGUUGCCUAUCAGACAGAACCACAGGACAGCACAGUGGGUGACAGCAGCACCUCCUGGUGUCUGCACUGUGUACCCACAUCCAUCAGCUGUAGGUUCGAGCUGCUCCAUGACAGUGUGGAAUCGGACAUCUUUGUGACGAACGUUCCUACUCGUAUCGGCACUCUGCUGGACUUCGCACAGGGCCGUUUGGUCUUCUUCAACGCUCAGAAUGGCCAGUGCCUGGGCUCAUUCCAGCAAGCCUUCAUCCAGCCCUGCUACCCCGUAUUCACCCUGGAGAGACCUGGUAACCUGGAGCUUAAAAUGACCAUGGAGGUCCCAGAGUUUGCCAAGCACUGGUAGCUCAGAUAAAGAUGGAUUUCUGGAGAAUCCAUCUUUAUCUUCUUGGCCUUGGGAUCUGCAAUCUGUCAGACUGCGUGUAUGUGUGUGUCAUAUUUAUUAGGUUCUUGGAAAGAAAUUUGAAAUUUAGGGCUCGAGUUAGUGUGAGGCUUCUCUCUUUGUACAUGAUAUGAAGUUUUUUUUUUUAAAGGAAUAAUCCAAUUUUUCAACCUAAUCUCUAUCUAGCACAUAGAAUCUUGAUUGAUUCCCUGUACUGGGACAAGAACGGAAAACUAAUCGCCUGGAAUUAACAGUAAUCUUUAGUGUGUAUUUAUUUAUUGUACUGACAAAAAAAGGAAACUCCCCCUUUUUUUUUUAAUUAGAAACUCACUUAUAAUAGAAGCCUAAGGGCGCUUGUUAAAUUCUGUCAAUAAUAUGCAAAUAUAUAACUCAAGUUCAAAAUAUGUCAGAAUGUCAUACUAAAGCUGUUGUUACAGAAUUUUAUCCAAGGUUCAAGCACUGGAGUAAUACAGUGCAAAGCAAUUCUAGUCACUUUUGUUGUAUCCAUGCAGGUGGAACUUGAGGCACUUCUGUACUUAUGGCAUAACCACAAAUUAUUGAAAAUAAUACAAAUACAAAAUUUACACAAACCUUUGAAGAAGUCAUUAAAAUGGUGCGCAAAAAGUUUACUGAUGGAAUUCAGUAACCACCCUUAGACUUCUACCAUAAAUGAGUUUGCAGUAAAAGGUUUUCUGUUUGUGUUUGUGUCAAGAUUAUUGUUGGUGGUAAUAACACACAUUACACAGGCAGUUGACUGAGAAUAGGUUAAAAAAGUAAUACAGUGGAGUAUUCAUUUAAGGUAAAGAUGUCUUUUAAAAGGGAAAUGCUAUUUUAAAGUGUUUUUCCAUUUUGUUUUGGUGGUUAAUAUGGUUUAUGGGUUUGUAAAUAUGGAAAUGGUGAAUGAAUACUAUUUAUUUGAUCAUUUAAUAAGCAGCGUAAUUUACUAAAAGCGAUGGAGUAUAGGGUGCAUACUUUGAGAAUAAUAUGCUAUACUAUGGAGUAUAGUGUACUAGUAUAGUAUAGUACUAUACUUAGUAUUAUAGUAUAUACUUCUCCAGGAUUUUGAGCAAAUUUUAUUGCAGUGCUAAUCACGUUUACUUUUAUCACUCGUUAUCAUUUCCCUGCACUGUUCACAUCAUAGCUGACCAGUAGAUGCUGCUGUAGUCUUGUGCAGUUUUCAAGUAUUUCAUUUAUUUUUUUCCUUCUGCUCUGUUCAGGGGAAAAUUUUUCACUUGCUAAUUCCUACUGUCUGGCACCUUUUUCUUAAUAACAUUUGAACGCAAUCCCAUACUUAAUCACUUUAAUUUGCAAAUAUGUCUCUAAUUUGAUUACUGUCUAUAUUUUCUAGAUGUCUAAUUUAUAUAUUAAAUACUUAAUCUCAUCGUUAUUAUUAUGUUACUCUCUGGCCCGAAUAAUUACGAUCUGUUUAACUGUUUAAUUAUGUGUUGUUAUAGCCCUCUGAUGGAGAGAUUCAGAAUACUGGAGUAACUCUGAACAUCAUGGAGUGAAUAAUAACUUAUUUGACAUUUCUAGUAUUUUGUUUAAAUGCCUCUCAGCUUUUUGGUUCAACUUUUGCCAUCAUAUUUUCUUAGAGAUCACAUCAGGUCUAGAAAGAACAGUCUAUGUAACUGUUCUCCUAUGAACUGAAAUAUUAUUGAAGUGCUUUUGCAUGUUGAUGCCUGGCUAUGCCAGCAGUGAGAGUCUGUUAUUUCUGAAUUGACAGUGGUUUAAUCAGAGAUGAUUUUAUGGAUUUACUGAUAACGAGAUGUCUAAAAUGUCCAUAUACAGUAUUUCCAACAUACAAGAAUACAUAUUUUUUUCACAUUUAUUCUUUUUAGUGGUCAUCUUUGACCAUAUUGAUUUUUUUUUUUGCAUACACUAUGUAUUAUAUUGUUUAUAAACCCAAACAUUUUUUUUCUUGUAAUCAGCAGUUAUUUAUCUUCAAUUUGUAAAGGUCCUUUCUAUGUUUAAUUAUGGUGUAUUUUUUGUAAUUGUAUGAAACAAAACCAGACUAAAAGUGAUCAGUUUCACUGACAGCAUGAGACUGAUUAGAUUAAAUAUCAAUUUAAAUAUUAUAAUCGUUUUAUAUAGAUUAUAGAUUGAAUAUUUAUAUAUUGUUUCUCACACAGUGAGCUGAAUUCAGAGCAGUUCCCUUUUUGACAGGUUUACAGUAUAUUAAAAUACUCUUUUAUCUACCACAUGGGGUUAAUUGUACAAUAAUGAGCCAUUGACUUGCUUCAGUUCACUGUAUUUUGUGGAUAAGUCCUGAAUUUCACAUUGUGAUGCCUAACCCUUGGACUAAUGACUAAUAAAUUUUGGUAUAAUAUACGCUCCAACUCAUCUGCAAGCAGAAAUUUGAGCUUGCAGCUUAGAGAGCUGUUUACUGGCUGAAAAGUAUUUGAAUUUAAAGCACAGUGAUUUACUCAGUGAUUGUCUCUAGUAAAAUGUGCACACUGAGCUAAACAGAAUAAAACCACACACAGUAAAUCA